AUGAAGUCAGCUUGGACUCUAGCUGCUCUCUCGGCCCUGGUCGCGGGAGCAUCGGCUCGCCCGACGGACAACACCCAAGUGUGGACCCAAUUGCGCAAGAAUAUCAAGCAUGUCAUUUACUUGACCCUGGAGAACCACUCGUUCGAUAACAUUGCGGGAUACUGGGACUUCCACCCAGAUAUUGAUAACCUGCGUAACAUCAACUUCUGUAAUGAGUACACCAACCCCAACUGGACUGUCUAUGGAGAGCCAUUGGAGAUCUGUGCUGCGCCAUACGAGACCGAGGUUCCCCUGACAGAUCCCGACCACAACUUCGCCGGUGUCAGCUAUGAGAUCUUCCGCAAGUGGAACCCCACCAACGAUGAUGAGCCUACCAUGCAAGGCUUCAUUGAGCGUCAAUCCGAGAAGUACAGCGAGACUCCUGGUGAUGCCUCCUUCGUCAUCAAGGCUUAUGACGAGAAGAAGACGGCUCUGCUUGCUGAGCUGGCCAAGAACUUUGCCUUCUUCGAUUCCUACCACGCGGAACAUCCCGGCCCAACCAAUGUCAACCGCCAGUUUGCGACUUCAGGAUCAUCCUGUGGCUUCGUUGACAACACCGACCAAGCUGCUGGCUGGUAUAACAAUGUGACGGGUACUACCUGUGCCACAUCAAUCUUCGAGUCCUUGACCAACAAGAACAUCACCUGGAAGAAUUACUACGAGACUGAUAUCAUUGACGCAUACAUGUACAAGUGGGUUCAAGACAACGCCAUGGACCAGCUGGUUCACGCAGACGAAUUCUACGAUGAUCUCGAGAAGGGCACUCUGCCCACCUUCUCUUACAUCAACCCGGAAUGCUGCACCAUUGACUCCAUGCACCCAACUAGCCCCAUGGCCUCUGGUGAGCAGAUGAUCAAGCAUCUGUACGAUGCUAUCCGUCGCUCCCAGUACUGGGACAACGCCCUUUUGAUCAUCAACUUCGAUGAGCACGGUGGUUUCGCUGACCACGUUCCCCCUCCUAUGAACAUUCCCCAGCCUGAAGAUGGUAUCACUUUCAACGGUACCUCUGACGGCCACAACGUGACCUACGACUUCACCCGUCUUGGAGUUCGCGUUCCUGCUUUCCUGAUCUCCCCCUACCUUACUGCCAACACCCUCAUCCACGACCAAGGCACCAUGUAUGCCACCGACUCUGCUUACACUCACAGCUCUAUUCUGCACUUCCUGCAGGAACUCUGGAGCCUGGAGGGUCUUAACAACCGUGUGCAGUGGGCCAAGACUUUCGAGUCCAUCUUUACCACUGAGGGUCGCACUGACACUCCUGAGACUCUGACUACCCCGACCUGGGGAGGAGGUAUUGGACAGCCAGAGCCAGAGUCUUUCUACCUGCUGAACCAGGACUACAGCUACUACGCUGACAUGUAA